AUGCCGUCCUCUUUCCUCCAGCGACUGGAAGUUCCCCAUCCUCCUGGCCAGCCGCGCCCAACAUGGCUGCUGAACAACGAUAUAAAGCCCAUAGAGAAAGACAGGCGCACAUGGAGCUGGCAUGAAUACUUUUCGUUUUGGUGCGUCGGUGCUUUUAAUAUUACAAAUUUCCAAUUGGGCUCUGCUCUUCUGGCUACUGGGCUUAAUUGGUGGCAAACUACGGUCGCAACCUUAAUUGGCCAUAUCCUUGCGUCCAUUCUCAUUGUUGUCACCAGCUUCCCCGGACUGGAAUACCAGAUUUCAUUCCCAGUUGCUAUGCGCAUUAGCUGGGGCUUCUACGGAUCUGCUUUUGUUGUUCUGAAUCGCAUCUUGCUUUCGAUUGUCUGGUUCGGAGUGCAAUCAUGGCAGGGUGGGCAGAUGGCAUAUGUCUGUAUUCGUGCCAUCUGGCCUAGUAUCGACAAGAUACCUAAUACUAUUCCCGCUAGUACGGGUAUGACACUACCGGCUUUCGUUGGAUUCGUCGUCUUUUCCGUCAUACAAGUCCCAUUCUUGGUUCUCGGCCCUGGCCGACUAAAGUACCCGCUACAUGUCGGUGCUAUCGGUGGCUUCAUCUGUCAACUUGUCCUCGUAGCAUGGGCUGGUGGUACCAAGGGCUCACAGGGCUUCGGCGAGAUUCUUGAUAGCACGAAUAAACUUAGCGGCAGCGACGCCGGCUGGAUGUUUCUCCUCGGCAUUGGUUCAACAAUGUCUAGUAUUACUGCAGGGACCUUGAGCAUUGGUGACUACGCCCGCUUUGCUCGGAAACGAUCCGCUGGCAUUUGGUCCCAGGGAAUGGGAGCGUUCCCCGCCUGGCUAGCAAACGUGAUGGGCAUGUUGACAAUUGCAGCCACUCAGAAGCGAUAUGGAGCCGCUCUCUGGAGCGUGGCCAGUCUUUUAAUGGCGAUUCAAGAUGCUGACCCUAGCUCUAAGAACCGUGUUGGUAUCUUCUUUUGCGCCUUUACCUUUGGGAUCACACAGCUCGUGCUCAAUAUCUCCGGAAAUUCCUUCUGCGGAGGUACCGAUAUGUCUGCCUUGCUUCCGAAGUAUAUAAAUAUUCGGCGUGGACAGGCUCUGACGGCUAUUUUGGGAACGGUGAUCAAUCCGUGGUACCUCUUGAGUGGAGCGCUUGUCUUUAUCUCUGUGCUGUCUUCUUAUGUCGUCUUCCUACAGCCUUUCGUUGGCAUUGCGGCAGCUCACUACUUCAUCAUACAAAAACGACGACUUAAGGUCCCAGAUCUUUAUAUUACUGGAAACGAGUCAAUUUACUGGUAUAACUAUGGCGUGAACUGGAGAACCGUCCUUGCGUGGGCCAUCGGGGUUGCUCCUCAUAUGCCUGGAAUGGUGCAUUCUAUAAACCCAAAGCUUGCUGUCACAGCUGGAGCAUCCCAGCUAUAUUACAUCGCUUCCCUAACCGGUUUCUUUAUCCCUUUUACCAUCUCAGUGCUGCUUGACUACCUUGUGCCAGUCCAGGCGCAGAAAAACUUCAUCCAGUCAGUUUCCAUACGGGAAGCUCAAGAUAUAGCCAGUGAAAUGGCGGAGUCGAGUGAAAAGUCUGCCGUGGGAACAGCAGAUUUUACUCCAGACAGAAAUAGUAGUGUUGAGCACAAGGUCCCAAAGACAGAUUCCAGGUCUCUCUGUUAA